CAAUCGGCGGCCGGCAUGCGAGCGGGGGGCGGGGCGGGCGGGCACUCUCGUCAGUACACGAGGAGACACCACACGCGACGGACGUUCGCCACUCGCGCUCGCAAACAUACGAGUUUCACCGAGAACCGGUCCUGACCCGUAUGCCGCGCCCUGGACUGUUCGUGACAUGUUAUAGUGCAGUGUCGUCAUGAGUGCUUGGACGGAGGAGGUGCACGCGUGGCGCGACGACCGGCUGGGUCUCACGGAGCUGCCCGGCUCGGCGAGGAGGAAACAUCGCUCGGCGCCCUACAGACUGCACCGGCCGCACUUGCCAGCUGUCUCGCAGGUGCCCGAGCCGCCGCCGGAGCCCGAGGGGACGCAUGUCUCCCGCCUCUACCCAGAGAUACUGGCGCUGAUCUUCGAACGACUGCCAGUGAGGGACCGAGGACGCGCGGCCCAGGUCUGCCGCUCUUGGAGAGACGCUGCCGACAGAAGAUCCGUCUGGAGAGGAGUUGAAGCUGCCUUGCAUCUCAGAAGACCAGCUCCAGUCUUGUUCGCGUCGCUAGCGAGACGAGGGGUACGGAGACUGCAGGUUUUGUCUCUCCGCAGAGGACUGAGGGACGCCGUUGCCGCUCUUCCAGGAUUAGAGUCAUUAUCAUUAAGUGGAUGCUACAGUGUCACCGACGCCGCUCUCGCGAGUGCAUUCGCCGCGGAGCUUCCAGCUUUAAGACGCUUAGAUUUAUCAUUAUGUAAACAAGUCACGGACUCUUCCCUCGGUAGGAUAGCUCAAUCCUUGAAAAACUUGGAGGAGUUGGAAUUGGGAGGUUGCUGCAAUGUAACAGACACUGGUUUAUUGCUCAUAGCGUGGGGGCUAAGAAAACUCCGCAGACUGAAUUUGAGAUCAUGCUGGCACGUGAAUGAUGCAGGUAUAGCGCACCUGUGCGGCGGGGGAGAGGCGAGAGGCACCCCAGAAUUAGAACAUUUAGGACUACAAGAUUGCCAAAGGUUAACAGACGAAGCACUCCGGCACGCCGCUACUGGGCUUCCAAAACUACACUCUAUCAACUUGUCAUUCUGCGUUGCAGUCACUGACGCCGGUUUGAGACAUCUGGCGAGGCUUCCACUUUUAGAAGAUGUAAAUUUAAGGGCAUGCGAUGGAGUUUCAGACAAUGGAGUAGCGCAUUUAGCCGAGAGCGGCAGAUUGAGGGCACUCGAUGUGUCGUUCUGUGACAAAGUGGGGGACGAGGCGUUAUCGCACGCGACUCUUGGCCUCUCCGGGCUGCGAUCCUUAUCUCUCAGCGCAUGUCGACUCACCGACGAGGGCUUGGAAAGAGUAGCAAGGUUAUCUCAAUUAGAAACUCUAAAUAUAGGCCAAUGUACCCGCGUCACUGAUAGAGGACUGCGCGCUUUGGGAGAGGGCCUCCUCAAUCUGAAGGCUAUAGAUUUGUACGGCUGCACUAGCAUCACGCCCCAGGGCUUGGACCAUAUCGUGAAGUUGCCGCGGCUCAGUGUGCUCAACCUCGGUCUGUGGCAUGUGCGGUGACCACACAAGCUCCACUAGUGUGUGUCAGAGUGCGUGUGUGUGCGCGGGCGGCCAUGUUGAAUACAGAGUGAAGGAGCUGACUCAAGGUUGUAUACUCUGGACCUUUGCUUGACUGUGUAACAAUUAACCAACUUAUAUCUAAACUAUAGGAUACGGGGUCGCUUUUUGAUGAUUGUUCUGUUAUAAAGUGUCAUGUUUGAUGGAUUGCAGUUUCUGUUGGAAUUCCAGAUUGUCAGAUUGAGUUUUGGUUUAUAUUUUUACAGUUAAGUUUGGAUAAAAGUCACCCCAAAGCCUAGUCGCAAAUGUAAAGCCAGACCUUAUUUAAUGUUCAUUUUAUAUUCAGUAAGCAAUACUCGGGAAGUUGGUAUUCAAGUUUGUGUUGUAACGUCCUAAUGACGUGUUUGAGCGUGGACAGAAUUGCCAUAUUUUGAAAUUGUAUUUUAAUAAACUAGGUCUGGUUUUUCGCUUAGAGAUUGCUCCAUUAAUUAAUUACUUAGAUAGGCAUUUAGUUAUUCUUCAAAUUGAUGUUUUCGGUUCGAUCUGAUGUGCUUUUAGUGGCAAAGUGGAUUGUUGAUAGGUUUUUAACGAAUUUUUUAGGCAAACGCCAAAUUUUAGGAGGCAGAUUAAUGAUAAGGCAAUUAAUCUUAUCUGUAUACGAAGUGAUAAAAGACAAGAAUGAAAAUAUAGUGUAUUUUUAUGUUGAAGAAAUAAUAAUUAUUGUCGCACGAAAAAUAUUGUAAUAAUUAUAAUUAUCAUGUAACUAUCCUUGCAGUGUAUGUUUUCGAAGAAUGUUUAAUUUCUGCGCUUAUAAACACAAAAGCCAGAGGGAAGCCGUUUAUGAUUUCUGUUAUUUUAAUAUGAUAUCAUUGGAUAUCUCACAAGACAUUGAUUGUUAAUUAUAGAUAGGUACUUAGUUUCAAUACCCAAGCAUUAGAUAUUAUUGGUUAUGUAGCAAAUAUCUCAAUUUUAGUCGUUCUAAUUGUAAUUGAUUUUUGUUAAGAAACUCCCAAUUUUACAUGGAUCUCGUUUAUACGUAGUUUUGAUAUUAUAAUUUAGUUAUUUUUAUACUGCUUAGUGUUUUUUAUUGUGAUUGUGAAGCACACAGGUCGAAUGAGGGAACGGAACGUUGUAUACUUGAAUGAUACGUUGUUUUUGUACAAAACGAAAAUGUAUUAUAGGAAUGUAUUAAAAGUCAUUGUUUAGUUACAAAUGAUCAAA